AGACAAAAAGGUGAACUUCCAUGUCUAAUAACUCUUUGUCUCUCUUCUAGCAAUAUUCUGAAAGGUUGUGGUCAGGUGAAGAGCGCCGAGACUUCUCACACAACCAGCCUGACGAUGUGACCAAAAUUCCCCCUCACUGCUUCCUCCCCUCAAGUCCUCUCCAUGUCUUCAUCUUCUCAGUCAUUUCCAUACCUAGGAAAAUACACUGUUUCAUCAACCUGGAGACUCCUGCAAACCACCAUAUACCUAUUGAUCAUCAAUAUCAUCCUCUCAUUUAUCCAGGCAGUCAUGGCCCGCCGUCCUGCAGCACCACCUUCUUCUCCUAUCCACACUACCGUGGACGAGACGAUCUUAGCCUACAACAAUACCCCAGAGGAGCGAGAUAUGCAUACAUUCGAGGAUCUUUGCGAAUCACGCAUUGACAUCCUCCAUGCCCAGUACAAUCUAGUCAAAGACACCCUGCACAAAGCAAUGGGCGUCGCAGACAUGUGGUGGGCAGCAGAGAAAAUCAACGAUCUCGAGUUACAGGAAACGCUCGGUUCAAAACUCAUUGAUGAGAUCAUUCUUCCUUACUUCACGAAAGUCCGAGCCCUUGUCGAUGAACACGAAGAUCGUUUCAGUGAAGAUGGUGUGCUCCUGGAGUUUUCCGAAUACUGCGCGGAUGCAGUCUCGCAAUGCUUCACACCGAUCGAGGGUUAUGAUUAUAAGCAGGUUUUUGUCGAAAAGGAGGUAGCCGAAAUCUGUACCGCACUCACCCACUAUCGGAAGGAGUGGGGACGAAAGAUUUUCCUGGAGAAGGGAGUCCGCAAUCGCCGGUGGGAGCGAAUCCUUAAGAAGCCUGCAGAGGCUCUUACUGUCACCACUUGGUCUUUAUUGUGGGCUAGACAGGAGAAGAAAGAGGAUCAAAAACUAUGGGUCAUCACACCACUAGAAGACAUUGAGUGGCACCAGCGAGAUGCAUUCAACAGGAUCAAAAACGAACGACUCGCCGUCCAUCAGAGGAAGAUGGAACUCGCGGAAGAUUACUGGGAUUGGAAACUUGAUCUUGAGGACAAAGAGAAUCUCCUCGACAACGCGGCAGAUGAUGAUGACUGGGCCGCUGUCUUCGAUAACUCUUCGGUGAAAAGCUUCGAGUUAGUGAUUCGAAAUACCAAGUUGCACCUCAUGAAAGAUUUUAAUAUCUUCAAUUUCCGCUUCCUGGGAACCCUCACCGAUAAAAUCGCCUUUGAGGAGUAUCUGUAUUCGAAGAGACCGCUGGACAUGAGAAAAACCAGCUGGCCUGGGUUCGUGAGAUACAGGUUGAAGAAGUUAGAGGUGGAAAAGGGACGUGAUGAAAAGUUGGAAUUCGUCCCGGUGAAUGAUACUGGUGAGUAAUUAGACUUUACUCUCACUCUAGCCUCAUUUGACUUGAGUAGAAUGAUUUGUAAGUGAGAAAGCGACUCUCAAUAUGCUCUUCAUCUCCAGAUGUCGAUUCCAGCAACUGUCGAAUGGGCAGUUUGAUGAAGCGCCUGAUUUUCAAUCAAGUAUUUGUUGGGUGAGCAAUCACCCAAGCAAUAUUGUUGAAACAAGUUAAUAGUCUCGGCAGUUUGACCUCUUUCUGAUCGUUUCUAAAAUGAAUUUGAAGUG